GAAAGAAGGUAUUCUGUUUCAUAAAACGAAACCUCAAUAAAAAAUUGUGUGUGUAUUAUGAUUGCGCGGCAUUAAAUUUCCAUUUAAAACUUUGUUUGGAUUUUAAACAAACUUUAAAGAUUUUACAAAAUUUUGAAUAUUGUGUACGACUGUGACAACAUGUCUGUUUUGGAUUCGCUCUUCGGGAACGAACUUGACAAUGAAAACGAUGGGGAAAUCCCAUCUGAAAAUGAGGACGCAGGCAUGGAUCCGGACAAUGCGGAUGCCAAUGAUGCUGAAGAAAAUGAAUCAAAACCGGUUCCCGUAGAGCCGAAGAAGAAGACUGUACGUCAUCCCCGACUUACACUGAAUGCGGCGGUGCUAUGUGGCCCGAGAGGGAUAAUUGACAUGGACAGCUAUUUCAAAGGUAUGAAAUUUAAAGGCAAGGGACACGAGAGAGAAGAUCUCGAUGCUGUUAUGAAACGGAUGCAACAUUGGGCUCAUCGCAUGUUCCCCAAGUAUGGAUUCGAUGACAGCCUAGCGGCAAUCGAGAAUCUCGGUCGAAAGAAGCAAACCCAGUCUUACAUGAAUAAAUAUCGGAUGGGUUUGCUGGAACCUGAAGUACCGAUACUUGAUAACGACACGGAAGACCUCAUGGAAAAUAAUUUGAACGCUCUAAACCAACCUCUCGAUCCUUUAGACAGCAUGCUGGAGGAACAGAUAGCCAUUUCUCGAGCCAAUGCCAAUGCGAGUCUAAACACUUCUGGCGUAGGAAACUUGUCCAUAACAGAGAAUAAUUUCGACUCCAUUCGGGAUGACAGUGUACCGACAACACCCGUUCACACUCCCAGCCGACCAUCGCCAGGACUAACAGAGGAAAUGCGAGCGAAAAUAGCAGCAAAUCGAUUGAAAGCUUUGGAACUUCGAAAAGCUAGAAUGAUGACAACUGAAAAUCGACCUACUGACAAUACAACAGAAGAUAUUUCUUUAGUCACUAAUCAAAUGGAAAGCUGAAAAACUUAUGCUCAAGUUAUUUGGAAUAAAAUAAGAUUUAAAAAAUUGGAA